AUGUCGUCUUCACUGCGGACACAUGCAGGGGGAGACGCGUCUCCCCCUGGACCGCUCACGCAAGAACCAAAGGACGAGCAAAACAAAAAGCCGCCCAAGAUACGCUCGACCUGCGACGCAUGCCAGGCAGCGAAACUUCGAUGCUCGCGAGGGAAUCCCUGUUUCCGAUGCCUUCACUACGGGACGGCAUGCAGAUAUAGCCCGUCGAAACCAGUGGGUCGUCCACGUCGUACAGCCGGGUCGGGUUUGAGGGAUGGAGAGAAGGCCACGACGGAGGAGAAAAAGGCGAACAGGACAGGAUCCCGGCGAAAAUGUCAAGAGGACCGUUGCUCGACAGCAAGCGCUCUGUCCCCUGGCCACAGUGAUCUUUCCUCCGGCGCAGCGACUGUCGCAGCGCCGGAGACUGUGCUUCGGCCGCUCUCUCUACCGGAUGCAACGGAGAGCUGGAUGGCCGGCGAUUUUACGGCGCAUAUUGGGAAUGGGGAGGGAUCGAGCCGAUCCAGGUGCCCACUGCCAGCAGGACUGUCUUUCAGCGAUACGACGAAGGAACCCGGGGAGGUUGACUGGAACCCGCCGCAUGCAACAACUCACGGUGCAGUACCGGCUUCAUUCUUCGCGGGCACAACGGCCGACCCUGCCCGUCCUCCCUCCCCGGCCUAUAUUCCGUCCAACAUGAUGCCUGCAGACUAUCGAACGUCACCGGGACGACGGACCUGUCUUCUUGAAAGCAAUGGAGUGCCAUCCGUGCUUCAUCGGCGACAGGGAGAUAUCCUCCGCGGAGGGCCUAGAGCUUGGGAAACAGCAUCUGCGCAGGCAGCUGGGUUUGCUCCUGUCUAUCUCCCAGGCACUUCGGCCAUUAGUGUCACAGGCACCAUGGCAGGCUAUGUCGGAUAUGGGGAUUGGUCUUGUCAUGGAAAUGCAUCAGCGCGUACAUACUGUGAUCGGGAAGCUGGGGCUUUGGGCGGGCAAGGCUUUCUAGCUUUCAUCACGGCCCCAGCCUUGGUCGUUGAAAUGCAUACAUGGAUACUAUGCUAG